CAAAAUACAUGAAAUUUGUAGUUCAACUACAUUUAAUUGAUCUCAAAAAAAUUCAAAAAGGGUUGGGAACGGGGGGUUCUUACAAAUCUUUAUAUAGGGCCUGCUAAAAAAUCGUUUCGUGCUAGGCACAAGAAGUUGGCUCCACUCUAUCCCACUCACUCACUCCUUUGAGAGGAGGUCCUUUGCCGCAUAAUUUCGAUUGGGGCUGGCUCUCUGCCCCUCUCUUUCUCUCCUCCCCACCAAGCCCCCUUUCCCUAAGGCUCUGUGUAUGUGAGAGUUUCUAGUCCUUAUAUGUGUGAGCGGUGGGCUUGCAUGUGCACGGCCUGUUUCCAGUUGGCUUACUGGUAUGUGUGUGAGUGAAAGCGUGCCAAAUGAAUUGAAAAUUACAUGUGGCUCCGCUCUGUCUCCAACCCCCUCCCGACCCUCUCCCCAACCAAAUGCAUCGAAGGAGUUUUAUUAUUUAAACACAACGAGAGUUGAGCUCAUUGGUGCCGUGCCGCGUGUUUCCGUUUCGUAACACUCGAGGUUACAUAAAAAUAACCAUCGUCACCUUUCUGGGCUUCAAAAAUAUACACGCAUUAACGGCAAAGCGCGGCCUAACGGUAUUUUAAAACUCACACACACACACCCACACUCUCUUACAGCAUUUGUGAACUGAACUGCACGUGGCAGGAAUAACAAGGAUAGCACGAGAUAGAGCGAGCGAGAGAGAAAGCGAGAAGGCGAGAAAUAGCCAAGCAAAGCAAAAAAGUGAACAAGAAAAACAAAAAACUAACUGUCCGUCCAGCAUUCUUUUUUCUACACACAUUUAAAGAAUGUAAAUGUAAAGUGAAAAAAGGCAGUAGCAGAAACAGAGAGAGAAGAGGAAGGAGAGAGACCUCAAAACUGGCCAUUGGCAGGCCAAACACACACACACAUACACACUCAAAAGCACACACAGGACACGCUCACACACGCUCAAACACGCACGAAUAUCCUGGCCUUUGCCGCAGUCAUAAAAUAAUCAAGAAGCAGCUAAAUCAGGCAAAAGCCAGAGGACUGCAGCGUGCUGAUGUUGACGAAACAUCUCCGUUGGGACGAAUAAAGCAAUUAGCAAGGGUUCGGAAUUAGCCACCACUGCCAGGAGAAGGAGCAGGAGGAGGGGCAGCAGGAAGCUGGAGAGGAAGAGAGCAAGUGGAAAAAGGAUGCAGGAUGCGUGGGACUCGGGCUCCGUGGAGUAUUUAGCCUAAUCGAGUGAUGCCGCCGUGCGUAAAAAUGCAGGAUUCAGCCUGCAAAUGCCAGCUAUGUGCGAGAUAACGGGACACCGGACAGCCAGGCAACCCAAGAAGAAGAAGCAAAAGCAAAAGCAAACGAAACGAGAAAUCGAACUCUCCCUGUGAUAUAACUUGCACCGUAAUCGUAAUCGUAAUUAUCUAGCUCGUAGUUAUCGUUAUCGAUCAAUAAUCGCCGCAAUUGUAAGCUAAGUUAAACCGCACUAAUCGCCGCUCUGCUCCGCCGCCGCCACCGCCAGACCUGCGCCUUAAACUAAGAAUUAUAAUAUAUAGUAGAUUCCAAAAAACCCGACCAAAAUCGAGCUAAAAUAUGGGAGACGAGCAGGACAAGCGUACCGGCAAGGAGAAGCUGCUGUUCUACACCACCGCCUUCUUCAUCCUGCUGGGCACAUUCAGCCUGUUCGCCUUCCUCUUCCUGGUGCCCUUCGUCAUCGAGCCCGCCUUCACUACGAUCUUCAUGCAGUUCGAGGAGGUGCCGGCCCUGUGCGAGACCUACGACACAGAGAUCUAUUACGGGGCCAAGAACUGCUCGUGGGCGUCCUGCCGUGAGGGCUGCACCAAGGAUAUCUACACGUGCACCCAGAUCCGGGUGAACUAUCGCCUCAAUUUGUACAACUACACCGAUGAGUUCAACUUCACGGAGUACCACAUCAAUCUCAAGGAAGCGGAGCGCAUAUUGCCGCCCGUCAAGCGAACGGAUCGCUACGAGAGGGCUCUGAGGAGCGACUACGAGUACGAUAACCUAGGUGGCACCGGGACCGGCCUGGACAUCGACCUGGGUGGCGGGCGGCUGGAGCAGCUGAAUUUCGGAGAUGCCGAUGGCUCCAACGGCUACCUCAUCGAGGAUUCGGAGGAUACGCGCGGACUAAGUGCCUCGGGAACCCUCAUUCCCGACGAGCGGCGACCUUUCGAUGAGAUCUCCGAGCUGAAUGAGGGCCUGAUGGGCAACCGCUCCAUGUACUAUUAUGUGGGCGCCCGGCUCUUCCCGAACGUCAAGGGAUGCGGUUAUCCGCCCAUGCUCAAUUGUACCAUCUGGCUGAAGAGGUACACCAAGAUCGGCAUGAAGUUCCCCUGCUACUACUCCAGGGUGGAUCCCAGUCUGGUCAUCAGCGACCUGGACUACUGGCAGAACACCUUGAAUCUGGUCUACUCGAUGGCCAUACCCAUACCCUCGUUCAUCAUCUCGGUGAUCUAUCUGACGUACGCGUACUUUAAGAUCUAUAACGAGGACGAGGAGACGGCGCCGCUGGACAAGAACGCCGAGGACAUGGACAUCGAUGACAUCGAUGCCGUGGAUGAUAGUGAUGGUGCCGUGCUGGCGGACAACGUGGCCGGCAGCCAGAUCAUCAACAUGGACUCCACCACCAACGACAGUUGCCUGGAGGGUGUCCUGCCCAACGGUGGUCCAGGAAUGACCGCCUCCAUAUCGCAGGGUGGCUCCGUCACCACACCGGGCCCGUACAUCGCGCAGAGCCCGGCGGGCUCGCAGAUGACGCCCAACUCGGAGAUGAACUCGUUCGGCCACCAGCUGAAGGUCCAGAUGGCCGACGAGCUGUCCAGGGACUCGCUGGAGAACGGAGUUAUCUCCACGUCCAACUCAGUGCAAGGAAACUUGAGCAAGACGAUGACGACGAGUAUCUCAACUCCUCCUGGGCCGACGGCGGCAGUCUGAAACGUCAGGCGCAUGGUCUGGAAAAUGUUAGAUUCCGAUUCGGAAAAUGAGCCGCUGCUGGAUUCGUAGGCCGCCGAGCGGACAACGGACCACGGAGCAGGCGGAGAUCAUCGGAGCAGAGACCCAACCUAACCCAAAAAAACAAAACAAAAAUCGAAAACCCCAAAAGAACCGAUAAGCGAUAACCCCAAGUAUUUCUACCCGAAACAAUCGACAACAACGCAGCGAAUGCGACCGAACCUGAAUACCUUCAGAGCUGUUAGCGGCACCUAAAUGAACUAUGAUAGAUUAUAUUUACCUUAUGAACUAGCUACUCAGACACACCCACUCACCCACAUAAAGCACGCUAGAAAUCCGGAGUAACUCCGGACUUGCCACUCACCCACAGCCACUAAAAAAAGCAAUACACGGGCAUUAUAGUAUCUGCACAGUAUCUGAUAUCUGGAGGAUAGAGGGAUAAUGCCACAUCUUAGGCGAUUGGUACAAAUACAAUAAACAUAGGCCGCAAGAACUCGAGCAUGGAGUGCUAUUCAUAUACCUAGAGGAAAAACUAUAAUACUUAUACACGCAUAUACAAAUAUUUACUUGAAUUAUUUUUCUAUUCGCAACAAUCGUCGUCGUCUCGGAGGCAGAAACACAGAAACUCCACACAUCCCAUUGCCCACAAAAACCAAAGAUCCGAAUAAAGCAAAUAAAAGAAAAACUGAAUAAAGCGCGCAACUUAUUUACAAAUCGAUAAAUCGAGGCGCUGAGGUUUUUUAAAUAUUGUAAUGCCCAUUAAAGUGCUGCAAACCGUAAAACACAAAAACAGAAAUUAAAUUUAACGAGUGGAGAGCGUCGUGUAUUUAAUUUAAACGUAAUGAUAAACGAAAGCAAGUCGAAUGCCUAUAUUUGAAGUAAAUUAAAUUAAAUUAAAUUAAAAUUAAAUUAACGUAAAUUAACUAACAAUUGUUAUCCUUCAAAUUAAUGCGGAUAAAAACUCACAGCUUUAACUAACUGAAACGGAGGCAUAAGAUUUUUCUUCUACAUAUUUAUUUUAUUAAGAUUAUUAACGGAUAAUGAAUAUUUAUAGGUCCUACAAAUGGUUCAAGCUAUUCAAUUAAAAACUUACAAAUAAAAUAUUGCAUUAAAUCUUAAUAAUUUAGGUCUGAAAUUAAAUAUAAAAUAACGUUUCCUUUUUAUAUUACAACAAACAAAACCAAAAAAACCAAACCAAACCAAGACAUUUCUAAAAUCAAAGGCGAAUAAUCUCGAAAUUCGUUGCCUAGGCAUAUAGAAGCAUCCGCAUCAGCAUCCGCAUCCGCAUCAAUAAACUGCACUUUUGCGCAUAAUGUAUCUAUGAUAAGCGGCAAUGAACUACACAGAAAAUCGUUUGUUUUUAACGACAGUUGGGGAUAGUUAACGAGAGUCAAGCAAUGGCAAAACAGAAGCGCAACUAUUAGCUAAUAUCAUGUAAAACAGACAAACAAAUAACAAAAUGCUACUAGAAUUGAAACCAAAUACAUGAAAAUCUCGAAAUAAAUACGCAUUUAGCAGCCUAA